AAAGGGCCCGUUCGGCUGGUUGAGACGCCGAGAACGUUUGUCGGUGAGUCGGCCCUCAAGAGCCGCUCAAAGCCCAUAAUCGGUGGACGUCACAACAAACCGAAAGACGUGGGGUUCCGGAGCAGUAGCUGCUGCCGCUGCUCUGUCACUGCGGAUUGCGUCGUCUCCGCCCGUCGCCUUUGUAGGACGCGUCCCUGAGAAACGUCCAGGCCUAGGCGCGGCCCGCCGAGCCCGACGUGUUGCUGCCGUGAGUAAAGCGAGCGCCUUCUCCACGGGCGGUUUGCAAGUUAAGAUGGAGGAAAUUUCGUUGGCCAACCUGGAUACUAACAAGCUAGAGGCCAUUGCUCAGGAGAUAUACGUAGACCUGAUAGAGGAUUCUUGUUUGGGAUUCUGCUUUGAGGUACAUCGGGCAGUCAAAUGUGGCUACUUCUACCUGGAGUUCGCAGAGACUGGUAACGUGAAGGAUUUUGGCAUUCAGCCAGUGGAAGACAAAGGAGCGUGCCGCCUCCCUCUCUGCUCCCUUCCUGGAGAACAGGGGAAUGGGCCUGAUCAGCAGCUGCAGCGCUCCCCUCCAGAAUUCCAGUAACUGCAACAUGGCAGAGUCAGAGAGUGACCAGGACAGUCGUGUAGAAUGGUCCCGUGGCCUGGAGGAGUAAGCUUAGUAGGGGGAAAGAAAAGUAAAUCAGACAAAGGUCCCAACUCUCCCCCUCCCCCCCCCCUUGAAGAUCCUAGCAAUUCAAAAUCCCAGAGUGGAGAAUUUAGGAAUUCGGAUUCAUUUUUAAGUGUACCUAGGCCUGAAACCUUGGGCGUAAGAAGGUGCACAGCUCGGGCAGCAUGCAAUGUGUGUUGAUCUCUAAACACAGCUGGUUGUACACAAGAUCCCUGUAUUGCCCUCUCAGUGCACAGGUGAGCAUGUGUGGGCCCGACAUAAAAAAUCCUUUUUGUUCCCAUCUGCUUCAUGUCAAGGACUUCUUGGACAGUUUGGACAUUGGUGAUGUUCAGGCCAUUAUCAAUGGGCUUCAAUGGGACGACUCCUCUGAUUUCUAUGCCUCUGAUUUGGGCUUCUCUGAUACAAAUAAAAGGUAUGAGAUCUGGAGACUUGACAGUGUCAAUUUGGAACAACCAAGGAAAAGAUUUCCCACUCGAAUUUGGUAGGGAAGCUCCUCAGUCUUGACUGCAAGGAGAAGAAAAAGUUCAAAACCACCUGUUUUCCAACAUUUGCUAUGAUUUCAGCACACCUGGGGCCAGGCCUAGCCUUUGGCUGAACAGAAUCCUUUUUCAUUCCCUUCCACCAGUGGCUUAGGCUUGGCAAAGGACAACUUGCUUGUCCAGACAGGCAGAGAAUUGAAUUGUGAUCCCAUGGGGAGGUAGUAGAGACCUCUGCAAGUAUACACUGUCUCCUACUGGAAGAUUCCUAUGUAUUGUGGUGUGGACUUGUUUGGUGGGAUAGUCCGUUACCACUCGAUUUACUGGUGACAUAGACAGUACAUGGAUUGACUUGGGUAUUAUGCCAGGUCACUACCUGCCUCCUACUGCAGGGGUGCUACUCAACUGUAGAAGAGCAUGAGCCCAAAGGGGACCUCUUCCAGCUGCCCUCAGUAAUGUGAAUGGUUUAGUGCUAGGAGCUAAGUAGCGGGACUGGGUCAUCUCUCCUCUGACUUUGUGGAGAGUCCUUCCUGUUGAAUGCCCCUCUUCCUUGAGUUGGGCUGUCAGAGCUCUGCUAUGGUGAACAUUUAAAUUUUCUCUGCCCUUCACAAGGGGUAAUCUUUCCACUUGGUACCCUUUGGACUUCAUGACAGCUAGAGCUGUCUUUUUGUUGUUGGAAGUCAGGAAAAGACCUCCAAAUCCCCUGGCUUUAUGGUAUGAAAUAGGAAAGGAUUGGAAGUGAGAAUGACAUAUCAAAAUUGCCUUGUGUUUUACUCCCUGAG